GGUCGAGCAAUGGCUCGCAAGGUGGACCAUGUACGGCGCCAGGAUAAAUCCAUGGACGAACGUUGGCAGCGCUUCUGGGAGAGCUCUGAUGUUAUCGACUCCAACAACGUUUACUGCGCGGAAGCUACGAUUAAUGAGAAUGACACGUGGCGUCAGAAGAGGGUGAACGAAUUUGUCGCUAACGAUACGCUUCUGGACCACGUCGUCGGCUUGAAGAUGGCCUACCUUGCCCUAGUGAGCUCAACCAACAGGGCCAGUCUGUCUUACAGUGAAGGACAACUGCUUCCAGGCAUUCAUCUGACGAGCAAGCAGCUAUUUCUAAUACUGCACUGUGCUUUGAGCUGCGCAAUGGAUGGCAGCCGAGACACCCAUCACUCUAUCGACAAGAAUACCUGCAUGGUGGUGUACAGAUCCUUCCGACCUUUCAUCGACAAGCCAUGCGCACAACCCACUGACGAAAAUACGCUCAAUGAUUGUCGCUACGUAUAAGAGAAUAUUUAAAGCCACACAGCAAAUCACGACAUCGCGUCUUUCGGCUUGCCUUGUGGCAUACUUGUGUGAUGAGCUGAAGUAAUCCUUUAAUUUCAACCUCUGCAGGUAUUGUGAAAGCUGAAAGUAGUUGCAAAUAAAAAUAAUUUUAUUCUUUUGAACUCAA